AAAUUUAGGACAAUACACACGGCAUUGUAUUUUCUUCUCCAUUUCACAUUUCUUCUUCCUCUUCAAUCUCUCUCUAUCAUCUGAAACUCAAAACCCUAACGAAAAGCUGCAAUUAAAUUAUUAAUGGAGAUUAGAAAACUAGGAGCUGUAAUUUAUUUAAUUGUAGGAGUUUUAGCUUGGACUCCAUGGCUAUGUUCAGCUGGUGAUAUUGUGCAUCAUGAUGAUAUAUCUCCUAAACGACCUGGCUGCGAUAACAAUUUUGUUCUGGUAAAAGUUCCUACUUGGGUGGAUGGCAUUGAAGAUAUUGAGUAUGUUGGUGUUGGUGCUCGCUUUGGUCCUACGUUGGAAUCAAAGGAAAAACAUGCCAGUAAAACCAAACUCAUUUUGGCAGACCCUCCUGAUCUUUGCAGUCGACCAAAAACUCAGCUUAAUAGAGAUGUCAUUCUGGUGCACCGAGGUAACUGCAGCUUCACAACCAAGGCAAAUAUUGCCGAAGAGGCUAAUGCUUCAGCUAUUCUUAUAAUAAACAACCGAACAGAGCUUUUCAAGAUGGUUUGCGAAGAUAAGGAAAGUAAUGUGAAAAUAGGCAUUCCUGCUGUCAUGCUGCCGCAAGAUGCUGGAGCUAGCUUGAAACACUAUAUAAGGAACAGCUCCACUGUUUCUGUGCAGCUAUAUUCUCCACAGCGUCCUCUUGUUGAUGUUGCUGAAGUGUUUUUGUGGCUCAUGGCCGUUGGAACCAUAUUAGGUGCUUCUUAUUGGUCUGCAUGGAGUGCCAGAGAAGUCGCUAUAGAGCAGGACAAGCUGUUAAAGGAUGGUUCAGAUGAUUUCCAACAUACAGAAGGUGUUCUUCCAUCAAGUGGUGUUGUUAGUAUCAACACAACAUCUGCCAUUCUUUUUGUCGUCGUUGCUUCCUGUUUUUUGAUCAUGCUUUACAAACUCAUGUCAUUGUGGUUUAUGGAUGUCCUGGUGGCUCUGUUCUGCAUUGGUGGCAUAGAGGGCUUACAAACUUGCCUGGUGGCAUUGUUAUCAUGUUUCAGAUGGUUUCAACAUGCUGGAGACUCCUAUAUUAAAGUUCCUUUCUUUGGAGCUGUCUCACAUUUGACCUUGGUUGUCUGUCCCUUCUGCAUAGCAUUUGCUGUUGUUUGGGCAGUUUAUCGACGUGUUUCCUUCGCUUGGAUAGGUCAAGACAUCCUUGGCAUUGCCUUAAUCAUCACAGUUCUUCAGAUUGUUCACGUACCGAAUCUCAAGGUGGGAACAGUUCUUCUCAGCUGUGCAUUCUUGUAUGACAUCUUCUGGGUAUUUGUUUCGAAGCUGUGGUUCAAGGAGAGCGUGAUGAUAGUGGUAGCUCGUGGUGAUAAGAGUGGAGAAGAUGGCAUUCCGAUGUUACUGAAAAUCCCACGAAUGUUUGAUCCUUGGGGAGGGUAUAGCAUUAUUGGAUUUGGUGAUAUCAUUUUGCCUGGUUUACUUGUUGCGUUUGCAUUAAGAUAUGAUUGGCUGACGAAGAAGAGUCUUCGAACAGGAUACUUUCUGUGGGCAAUGACUGCUUAUGGUUUAGGUCUCCUAGUUACUUACGUAGCUUUGAAUAUGAUGGAUGGACAUGGCCAGCCAGCACUGCUCUACAUUGUUCCAUUCACACUUGGCACUUUUUUGACGUUAGGGAAAAAGAGAGGCGACCUCGAAGCUCUAUGGACGAGGGGCGCCCCUGAGAGGCCCUGUCCCCAUGUGCAAUUUCAGCCCUCCCAAUCUCAAUAACACAACUGUAGUUUAUUAAUUUAGGCCGUUAAGCAUACAAGAAACAAAGCUGAGAAACCUCCCUAGUGUAAGUAAUACGAGGAAUGCAUGAUAAUGUCUGUAUUUGUAUGUAAAUCUCUAAACUUCUGCAGGUUCAAGAUAAUUUAGAAUCUUUUUGACUAAUAAAGCUACUACUUUACAAAUCAA